AUGAAACAGCAUUAUGUGGCUCAAGACUGCGCCAAAGUUACCCCUGGAGACUGUUCAGUCGAGAAUACCAUUUACGGGUACCUCCCAAACCUACCCGCCAAUGCGUUUUUCAUAGCCAUCUUCGCUCUCUUAGCCGCGGCGCAACUCGGUCUCGGGAUCCCAAAGAAGACAUACUUCUACAGCCUCGCAAUAGCCAUCGGCUGCAUUGGUGAGUGUAUCGGUUACGGGGGCCGAUUAAUGAUGCACAAAAACCCAUACAGCGACACAGGCUUCACAAUCCAAAUCUCCUGCCUCAUCUUCUCCCCGGCGUUCAUAGCGGCCGGCAUCUACCUCACCCUGAAGCACCUCGUCCGCGCCUUCGGGGAGCAGCGCUCCCGCAUCCCCGCCCGCUGGUACACCUGGAUCUUCAUCACCUGCGACUUCAUCUCGCUCCUCCUGCAGGCCAUCGGAGGCGGCAUGGCCGGCAGCGCCGGCGACGACGCGGACCUCCGCGAUCUCGGGACCGACCUCAUGAUCGCUGGUAUCGUGUGGCAGGUCGCCACGCUCCUCGCCUUCGCCGGGCUCGUGGUCGACUACGUCGUGCGCACGCGCUUCGCAUGGGAGGCGGUCGAUCCCCAGGCCAAGGCGCUGCUCGCGUCGGGGAAGUUCAAGGGCUUCGUGGCCGCCGUCACCGUCGCCUUCGUGACCGUCUUCCUGCGCUGCGUGUACCGCAUCGUCGAGAUGGUUGGGGGCUGGGCGAACCCCAUCAUGCGGGACGAGCCUAGCUUUAUUGUGUUUGAAGGAGUAAUGAUCGUGCUUGCCGUCCUGGCUAUGACCGUCUUCCAUCCCGGGUACUGCUUCCCCCAAAAGACACGGCCGACAAAGGCUGGCUCGCUGGAGGCGGGUAACGAUAGCGAUGCGACCCGCCAGCAUGAGAAAUUCACGAGAGGAUCUGGGUGA